CAUCUUGACAUCUGCUGUUGACCUUUCUCUUGGUUUUGUUGCACCCGCGCAGGCCACUUUUGCACACACCGCCUUUGGCCUGAUUGGAAUGAGAAUGCCAUGUUUGGCCACAUACGCUCCUUUCAGCUCAGGUGUGUACUCAAUAACUCGGUGGCAAUCAAGGGAGGUCAUGCAGAUGUCACCGACCUGCUGCCGUUCACCUGCACAUAUGUAUUGAGUAGGUCUCGCUCUGUGGUCUAACGUGUUGCCUCGACAUAUAAAACUCUUUCGAAAUGAAGUUUACACUUGUUACUCUUCUCUCUGCCCUAGUCCUCCCGGCGUUCGCAGUACCCGGGUAUGUCACAUACGACCCUGUGUAUAGCAACGCUGGAACGUCCCUCACUACCGUCUCAUGUUCUGACGGCGCGAACGGUCUUUUGACCAAGGGGUAUACCACUUUCGGUUCUAUCCCUUCAUUCCCCAACAUCGGAGCUAUCCCAGGUGCUACCUGGAACUCCCCGUUGUGCGGCACCUGCUGGCGCAUCAAGUACACCGCGCCCGGCGGCGGCACUACCACCAUCUUUAUGACCGCUGUCGAUGCAGCUACUACGUACAAUGUCUCCCCGCUGACGUUCUAUGAGUUGACUGGCCUCGGGUAUGGUAAAUUUGCUGUCGAAGCCACCCAGGUAGCUGCCAGUUACUGUGGCAUGUAGUGGCAGGCUAUUAUGCUGGAGGGUUUUGAUGUACUCGGAACGGUUGUUAGUAUUGAAUAAGGCUCUUGAGUCUUUGGUUCAUGGGCGGGGCGGGGCAGCUUGUAUGUUGUGGUUUGUUAAAUGUUUACGUUCAUCAUUGUGGUUUCCUUUGGAAGCAUGUUCAGCUCGCACCGUGUAUUACAAACCAGAUGGUAGUUUGUAAACUUCUUGGCUGGGG